CAUUACUUCACGCGCUCAAAGCCUUCAACAACUAAUAAACAACUCCUUUGUUUCCAUAAUCCGUACAAACACGCCCAAAUCUAUAGAUUCACCGCGUUGAUAUCUAAUCUCGGGCAAUCCUCAUUUUCCGGCGAGAUCGGAAGCUUUCUCCGUCGGAAGGAAAGUUGCUGGUUCAGGCUCACAAGCGGUGAUCUGCUUGACCGAUGGCUCCUGUUUCGGCUCUCGCCAAGUACAAGUUAGUGUUCCUCGGAGAUCAAUCCGUCGGAAAAACGAGUAUCAUCACUCGGUUUAUGUAUGACAAAUUCGACAAUACUUAUCAGGCAACUAUUGGUAUUGAUUUUCUUUCAAAGACAAUGUAUCUUGAAGACAGGACUGUACGUUUGCAGCUGUGGGAUACUGCUGGACAAGAAAGAUUUAGAAGUCUCAUACCAAGCUACAUAAGGGAUUCCUCUGUUGCUGUCAUAGUAUACGAUGUUGCAAGUCGACAAUCCUUUCUUAACACUGCAAAGUGGAUCGAGGAGGUUCGCACUGAGAGAGGAAGUGAUGUUAUAAUUGUUCUAGUUGGCAACAAAACGGAUCUGGUGGAUAAGAGGCAAGUUUCAAUCGAAGAAGCAGAGGCUAAAGCUCGUGAUUUCAAUGUCAUGUUUAUUGAAACAAGUGCAAAAGCUGGUUUCAACAUAAAGGCGCUAUUCAGGAAGAUCGCUGCAGCCUUGCCAGGUAUGGAAACUCUGUCAUCAACGAAGCAAGAUGAGAUGGUUGAUGUCAACCUCAAGUCUAGCAACGCAAAUGCAUCCCAGUCACAACAGCAGUCGGGAGGUUGCGCUUGCUAAAAAGGUGAACCGGAACAUUGGGUUGCGCUUAAGAUAUAUUUUUAAUGGACGGAAUAUGCAUCUGUAAAGAGCCUUCAACCUUGAGAAUUGAAUUUUGUUUGUGAUUGUCGAGAGUAUAUCAAGUCGUCGGAUGCAAUUGAUUGUCAUUGAUGUUCACUUUUUUCUGUUUCUCUUCCUAAACUUGUACCCAUGGUAAUUGAAUUUGAGACUGCAUAUAGUCAUACUUUCUUCUCUAUGUCACAUACUCUUGUAUUGAUCGUUUAGUUUCUACAAGUAACUUCCCCUUUUUCCUUUAUAUUUGUAAUGUUGAAUAGUAAGUUAUUUAGUGAUAAUUGUUAUUUGAAUUA